GUCUAUGUCAAGUGUCAAGAUAACGAUUGACGUAAGACGUUAACUUUUGUAAAUUUGUCAUUUUUUAUUCAGAGAGACGUGGUUGUAAACAGUGAUUUUAUUCUCAUAAGUAUUUAAAAUGGAUUUUUUCAACAGUAUCCCGACGCAUAUGGACUUUGAAGGGCAGGCCCGGGCAGAGAAACUGUCUAGGAUAAUUAUAACAUUAUUUGGUGCAGUAGGCUUGAUCUGGGGAUACAUUAUCCAGCAAUUCUCACAAACUGUUUAUAUUUUAGGUGCUGGUUUCGUUUUGGCUGCUCUGUUGACUAUUCCUCCAUGGCCCCUCUAUAGAAGAAAGCCCCUGAGCUGGCAACCAGCUCCUAAAGUUACUGAAAAUCCUCACAAAGAAACGGCCAAAAAGGGGAAAAAGAAGUGAAAUUAAGAAUUGAAGUUUUUGUAUUUUUGUUUGUUAAUUUUUAAUAGUAAAUAAUAUACACCUAUUGCUACAUACCUAAUAGGUUCUUUA